GGCUCACUCACUCUCCGCUAGCGCGAGUGUGAGGCAGCCUCUGCCUUUUCUCCCUCUUUUCUCUCUCUUUCUCUCUUCUGUCACCUUGCGUUUAGCGGAUUAUAAUCCCUCACCAAUAACUCUCCACUGGAUUACGCAUCACCGGAGACUGUUUUUUUUUUUUUUUUCCACGAUGGGGCGCGCACUUGGCGGCGUGUUUUAGCAAGUUAAAAGACUCUUAACGCGCGUUCUUGUCUGCAGCGAAGCUAUCGGGAUGAACUUGCAGUGGAGCAGUCCGGUUCCGAGCAUCCGCGCCGGGAGGGCAGCGCACAAGCGGCUGGAUUCUGACGACCAUCCGCCGGCUAAGUGCGCCAGGCUGAGCGUGGAGUCGGGGGACUCCCCGGUGCUCGCCGCUGCCCCCGGUUCUCCAGUCAGUCCGGUCCCCCACCCGGUGCCAGCCGCUCACCAGGGUCCGUCCCGGAUCGGAGCGUUCCUGCUCCUUCCUCUGGCGGACAGAGACAACCUGCACAGCGCCAUGAACACCGACACGGGCGACGAGCUUCUGUGCAAGGUCUACAACAUGGGGGUGUAUCAGGAAAAGGUCAGAGCCUAUGGGAUCCUGCCGCCUCACAAGAAUGUGGCUGGCAUCAGGGACAUCAUCCUCGGCGAACACAAGGCUUACGUGUUCCUGGACAAGGAUUUUGGGGACAUGCACACGCUGGUGAAAAGCUGCCGCAGGCUGGAGGAGGGGCAGGCCUGCAGACUGUUUCGUCAGGUGGCGCUGGCCGUGGCUCACUGCCACCAAGCCGGCAUCGUGCUGGGCGACCUCAAGCUGCGCAAGUUUGUCUUUGCUAAUGUGAAAAGGACACAUGUAAGGCUAGAGAGCCUGGAUGACUGUCGCAUCCUAGAAGACCCAAACAACGACUUCAUGUCAGACACCCACGGUUGCCCCGCCUACGUCAGCCCAGAGAUCCUCAGCGGCUCUACCCCUUACUCUGGUAAAAUGGCCGACAUGUGGAGCCUCGGAGUCAUGCUGUACACCAUGCUAGUCGGCCGCUACCCCUUCCAUGACCCCGAUCCAGGCACCUUGUUUUCCAAAAUUCGCAGAGGCCAGUGCUGUCUGCCAGAGGGCUUGUCGCCCAGGGCCAAAUGUCUGAUCCUGAGCCUUCUGAGGAAAGAGCCCAGCGAGAGACUCACUGCAACAGAACUGCUCACUCACCCGUGGUUCCACCAGCCGCCCUCGUCGCAGGAAGUGGCGCCCGGUGAACAGGAAGUGACCACGACUGAACAGAUGGUGCCAUCCUUUGACGUAGUCGAGGAGGAUGACCUUUUCUGCUGACAAGACUCCGGUCAGCUGAUUUGGCUGUGGGACCAAAACAGAAGACGAGGGAUUCAUUUUGACUUUCUGCACUUUUCAGAGACAGUAGUUCAAGCUUUCCACGACAACAUUGUGUACUGUAUAUUGUUGUACAUAUGUUACUCACUAAGGGCAUUGUUUUCUACAGUGAUAAAUCAUUGUGUUUCUGUGUGUAUGUGAAACGUUUUGGUGCUAAAUCAAACAGACGAAGCUCAUAAACAGCCCGAGUCUGUUGACAAAAUAGUGUCUCUGGGCUGACAAGGUAAAGCAACAGUAACUGCAGUUGUCAGACAGACAUAGGAUGAGGGUGUAAUGGUUCUCACAAGUCCAAAUCUUGCUAACACGUUGGAAUUAAUAUGCAGGUAAAGUUACACGACAGAACAAGACACGCUAAUACUCCUGUGGCCUCACUGCUUUAGAGAAUCUGUUAAACCCCAAGAGAUUGCAGUCAUAUAUAUCUUCUUUUUUUUGCCCAGCAGCCUCUCAUAAGCUCCUACACCUUCUGGUUGAUGGUGAGCAGAGUAUCACAAUGUUGUUCCUCUCACACUUUGACCAGACUUCAGGCUCUGCCAGCUGACUCACUCGAUCUCCUCAGUGAGGCAUGUGUCACACGUAACAAGAGUAGGACGCUGUCUCACUGUCAGUCCGACAACUUCUCCCAAAGCGAUAAGUAUUAACAAACCUCCCACCAAGAAUUCAGAGUGAGAGAGUGACACCAUUACUGGCACCACGUACUGCAUGGCGUAGCGACUAACCACAUCCAGUUCAUGACCAAUUCGGGUUCAUUACUCAACUGCUUCCAAACCAGAAGAGAACAGAUAAGAGACUGUGUCAAACUCAUGGCUGCUGGGGCAAAUCUGGCCGGCCAAGUCAUUUUAUGUGGCCCAUGUUGGUGGUUGAUCCAAAAUGAAAGUCAAUGCACAUUAAACCUAUGGAACAGAGAUAGGUGAUGUCAACAAAACUAUGCUAACUCCCACAAUAGAAAAACAUUAUUCGGAAGGACAGCUGGCACUAAGCAAGUGGAUGUUUGAGCCUCAGUCCUAUGGUGUUAUGGGGUACAGCCAUUCAAUAUUUUGUGUUUGUGUUAGUUUGGGCCCCCUGCUUUAUAAUAACUGCACUGUUGCAGUGCAUUAUGGGAAGUUCCAUACAGAGCUUUCAUUGUGGUCCAUAAAUAUGGAAUAUAUAGUUAUAUUAUGCCCGAAAGUGGUCCACCAACCCAAUGGUCUUGAGUUUGAAACAUCACAGCCAAUGAGAGUUCCCAGAUCACUGCGGCCCAAAUAGCCAGGAAAGGUCUUAUUCGAACGCAGGCCUUCGCCCACUGAACUGAAAAUAAACACAGAAAAACAUGAAGGUCUCAAUUUAGCAGGGAUUUUUUUUUUGUUGUUGUUUUCUAUCUGUCAGAACAUUAGAUGAGGCUGAGCGACUUUAACAAAGGGUGACUGUGCUGAGCGUUGUGCCCGUAUCACUGUGUUAUAUAAACUGAAUAGCUCUGAAUCAGUGGCAGUCAGGCGCUAUUUGAUGUUGCUCGUCUGAUGACUCAACACUUGAAGCGUGUCUGCAGAGCCCUGACCUUGGCUGGUUCUGUGUUUUCUCUUUCACCUCUCGAAUGGGAAUUUCUCCACCUUGACUUUUUGAUGAGACUUUGUGGUUUCCAGCUGUCAGACAAUGCAGUGGAUGGCAAGUGAAGGCCACUGUCCCCCUUGUACAAUCACUUUGACACGGUCCAGAUUCUUACAUCUGGACUGGAACUGUAAUCAUCUUCCACUUCCUGUGUAGGAUGGAUAACAAUUGAAAUGACUCCAAGCAGAGACUAAUAUAAGAGAAUAAUGAGUUCCAGGCUCGCACUGGUGAUGAUGAGUCACGCGGUCAUGUGACGACUAGAGUAAACGGAGACGGGUGCACAAACUUUGUAUUGCACUGUGAAUUAUACAUUUGAGACUAAACCUUCAGGCAACGACAGGUUUCAUGAGAAUAUUGUAACAAAGAAAAGUAUGUGUAUAUGUAUAUUUGUGAGAAAAUAAAUAAAAUCUUUUCUUUUUUUUUACAAAUGAACAGAAAUGCUUUGCUUUUCUUUCCAUACUUUACCUCUUGUCUAGUGCUCCUAGAACUACAGGAGUGACAGACACUGUGCCUCCAAGUGACUUAAUAUCAGGUUAGAAUUUGCAUAUACCACAACCAACAGGUACGAUCCUGAAGAUCACAUGAUUCAUCAAUGUCUGUAGUACAAGAAAUUAGUGAAACGGAAAUGUUAACAUCACUAAGUAAUAGUUUGCCGUGUGUUAGAACAGUUUCUUUGAGGCAGAGAGAUCCAGGUCACUGCUGUAGGUGAAGAGCAGGUAAAGUUAAGGUAGUAAGAGGGAAGAAGGAGGUGUUUUGGUCAAGUUACUGCUUCACUGGUGACAUUAGCCCCACUCCAGGAGGCCACUGGCCCUGACUGAUAAAGA